CUGCGAGCGGGAGCGGGCCGGGGGGGCUCGGCGGCCGGGGUCCCCGAAUGGCUGCGGGGCCAGGGGGGCUGCCGUGAGCCGCGCCGGGCGCUAAGAGGCGCGGGGAAGCGCUGGCUCCAUCACCCCCCGGAGGAGGGAGGCAGGCGCGUCCACCUGCGCGCACGGGAGAGCCGGGCUCAUGGAGCGGCGGUGACUGCAGCAGCCGCCGCCGCAAUCCCCAGCCUUGCCUGCUGGAGGCAGGGGGGGGGUGGCCCCCAGCCCGCCCCACGCUCCCCGGCCCCCCUGGCGGGCCCGGUGCCAAGUCUCCUUCAUCAGCAAGUAUAAACCCUUCCACUCUCCUCUUCACCUACCCAAAGACCAAAUUUGGAAAAAGUAACCAAAAGGGAGGCCCACAUCUUAAACAGAACAGGGAAAGCGGGAUGGUGUUGAAAUAAUUUAAGGGUUGGCUAGAUGCAGUGGAGUAUGGAAUGAACAAUAAGAGGUUAAAUUGAUGGAUGACCAACAAGAUAAGGAUUGUGCCUCAGAAGACCAUGAAACUAUCCUGAUUAAUGGGGUGAAAGAAAAUGAGUCCCAUGACCCAGACAGUGAUGGGAAGCCUUGCACUGCUGCAGAUACUGCGGUUACGUUUUCAGCCUUGACAAUAGCUCAGAAGGAAAAUCAAGUGUGCCACCGAGUGCUGCCUCCUCUGACUUCAAAGAAGCCCUGUUUGUUGAGCCCUCCUUCUCCUCUGAGACUCACUGAUGUACCUGAGAACACUUCAGAUGACUCGUCCGCACACGCUAUUUCUCUUACAUCUUGUGUGACAAAGAGCAUGAGCUCCUGGUCUCUGCCAGGCGAUUGUGAGAAGGCUCCAUUCACAAUUAUGGAGCCCGGAGGCAUGUCAGCUCUGACUGGUGACUGCUUGAUGCAGCCAAGCCGGACCUGUCUAGGCUGCUUUAUUGAAUCAAAGGACGGCAUUGAUGCAGAGCCGGGAAUAAGCUUGAAAGUGGGUGAUAUAAAUAGGGAUUAUGACACCUGUUCAGUCUCUGAUAUAGGGAUUCACUGCAUGAGCACAGGAGAAACCAUGAGAUAUGGGGAUCAGCUGCUUUCAGACCAGCUUUUAAGCUUCCCUAUGCAUAAAUCGAGGGCAGCAGACAAAAGAGAUGCAGAGAAAUCUGACAGUGAUUCAGAGGACCCCACUCAGAAAAAUUAUUACGAGGGAUUACUAUCAGACAAAUGCAAUGGUGAGGAACCUUUGCUAACAAAUCCCAACCAGGAGUGGGGCUAUUUCGAAUCUUUCAUUAGUGAAAGUAAAAUUGAGCUGCUUGACCUUUGCUCCAAAAAUGAGCUUUCUGUAAACUUGUUUUCUGAGGAAGAUGUGGAUAAUUAUAUGUUUGAUGAUGAUGAUUCAACCUUGGGAAGUGACGUCUGCUCCUUAAAGAUUAGAUAUGAAUCUUUCCAAGACAACGUGAGGGAGAAGACCAACGCCCUGCAAGAGGAUGCCCAGUUCAACUUCUUUCCCAGUGUGUUUGGCAACUGCACUAAAAGGGACAACAAGAGCACCCUCAAGAGGGGGGCUGGUGGUGGGGCUGAUCCUUCCCAAUUCAAAUCUGAGGAGGGCAUCAUUUGGGGGGAGGAAGAGGAGGAUGGAGAGGAGGAGGAUGGGGAGGAGGAGAAGGAGAAAGCUGCCUUAAAUAAAACUUGCAACAGUACAGAGGUGGUGCAGUAUAUAGGCUCUAAAAGGAGCCACUUCUUGGACUCUGUGAAUUCCACAGAGGACUCCGGGGAGUUCAGCGAUGACAGCACCUGCACGGAGUCCUCGGAUGAUGUGCUGCGGGAUAUAAAGGAUUGUAGCAGGUAUCUGUCCAGGGAACAUUCCAAUUCCUUCAUUCAGCAGAACUAUGGGCUGCGGGCAAAGAGGAAAGUACGAUACAGCGAUGAUUACUUGUACGAUGUGGAUUCCAUUGAGAGUGAGAAGAUUCUGGAUAAGAAAGAAUGGCUCCCGGAUGGACCCAAAGAGGAAGAUGACGACGAAUGGUGCCCAAAGAAAAGGCGAAAAGUCUCUCGCAAGGAGCCCCCGGUUAUCAUCAAGUACAUCAUCAUUAACAGAUUUAAAGGGGAGAAGCAUAUGCUGGUGAAGCUCAGUAAAGUCGAUGCCAAUGAGACAACUGUUACCCUAAGCGAGGAACUGCUCAGCAAGUAUGAAAAACUGGCCCCACUGAAGGGCUUCUGGCAAGAGAGGCAGCAGAGCCGGAUGGAUUAUCUUAGAUCGUCUCUUUACCAUAAACAGAAUUUCUAUCUUAAUGGCUCGGAUGUCUCAUUCCUUCCUCACCCGAGAAAGCGAAAAUGCAAACUAGCAAACAGGCACAGGAUUCAAAGAAUUAAAGCCAUUGAGCAAUCGGUGAACAAACUGGGCUCCUGCUCCUCUGAUCAGAAGCAGCCUUGCAGCAGUAAAGAAGAUGCAGGCCUGAAAGGGAUGCAGACAUUAGCCAUCGCUACCCCCAGCUGUGCAAAUGGAUUACAUUUAAAUGACAUCACAGGCAUUGCCUCAGUGAAGUACAAAUCACAGGAAAGGGAAUAUAAGGGAACAGAGAGGAAAGUGCUACGCCGAAUCAAAUUCAAAAGUGAAGCCCGAUUGAAAUGCAAGAAAAUCAAAGCUGCCACAAAUACGGGAGAAAUCUCCCCUGCUUUGGAAAAUCAGGACACAGCAGCUAGUUUGAAGGAUGAAAAUAUUCCUUGUGCUUCAGAGACCUCCCAUAUUUCUGAGUGCCAGGAGGAUAAGGUUGCUAAAAAUUCUACUUUCCUGCCAGCCACCUGCUCUCCCGACAAGCCUCUACCACCUGCUAAUAUCACCACCAAUGUACCCCUGAUCCCCGGCGGGUAUCUGCAGACAUUGUUAGAUGCUUCUGAUUUGUCAAGUAACACUGGUAUCUCAUACUUCACCCAGCAUCCUGCUGAACGGCAGCAUUCCCUCCCUAGCAUUGUUCAGGCAGAAAAGCAGUUCUCUGCUCUGCAGACAGCCCAGAGUUGUGUGCUGUCCCCGCCUUCUGAAUCUGAACUGCAGCAGUCACCUGGCCACUUAGAAAUUGAGCAGAGCAACUUCAGUAGCAUGUGGCCAGCAAACAAGGCUGCUAGCAGCAACCAUCAGGAAUUUGCAAGUGACAUGAGGGAGGCUUCUGCGUUAUCAAAUGAGUUUGGUGGCUCUGCAGGAGCAGAUAACCUCCCAGCCUCUGGAUAUAGUCAAGUAAAUCUGAAUAGCAGCAAAUUGCUAUACCAAAAAAAAUAUGUGCCGGAUAACCAACAAGUGCAGUCUGAUGAUUCUUAUCAGUCAUGUCAUUUUAAUAAUGGAGAGGGGCGCUUUCAUUUCCAACGAGGUACACUAAGUACAGAUGAUGGCAGACUCAUUAGUUUUGAUUCAGUGGGCUCACUGUCAGUUAGUUCGAGCAAUUACAGUUCUUUAAGUCUAAAGUCUUGUGAAAAGGAUGGUGAAGAUGAUAUUAAUGAUGAUUUCUUGGCCCACUGCAGUCCCAAGCUAGUGAUCCAACAAAGUAUAGAUGAAAUAACCCCUUUGAAAGAGUCUACGGACCUUUUAGACAUCUCCAACUUCACACCUGAUAAGUUCCGUCAGUCAUCGCUUUCGGAAAUGUCUCCUCCAGACACCCCCAACCUUUCCCCUCAGAUAACUGUGUCAGAUACCAAAUCGCUAAGCAAUCUGAAAGGUUUUCAGGAGACCACUCAGACUGUGCUAAGCAAUACUGAUAAGGUCAAGUGGAACUGUGGGGUUCUCCAGACCCAAGAUCAGGCAGAUAGUGGGUUUACUUUAAAUAAUCAUCAGUUUCAGUUCCAUAUGUUCAAUGAUGAAGAUUCUGUUAGCCUCCUUGAAAAAAGUCCAUGCUUGUCAACAUUUAAUGAGCCAUCUGGUCAAAUUAGCACCAAUAGCAAAGUGUCAAAAUCUAAGAGGAAAAGUUCAUCCAGCAAGAAUGUAGGUACAAACCAAAGUUCUCCCCAGAAAAACACCAGGAAAAAAUCUCCUAAAACUAACAAAGGAACUGAUAAACCACAAAGUAAAAAUUCCAGGCAGACUCCCAAGUCAACAAGGAAAGGGAAAAAUGCAGCUGGAGUCAAUGGUGAAAAGGCUCAAGCAGCUGGCAGCAGGACAGUCAAUCAGUUAAAUAAUACAGCCUCAACAACAAAGGCACUAGCUGAAUGCAUUCAGCACCGCAGCCCAACCUCUGUAAAGAUAGGGAAGCAUAAUGGACUAUCUGGUGAAUGGUCACUAAGAAAAGACAAUAGUACAGGCUGGUCCGAAACUAGCAUAGCAAACACUAACAACCUCCUUGAUGAUGAUCAAAGGGAAUUUGAGGAACCUUCCAAUAUUUUAUCUAACAUUGCAUCUGGAAUGGCAGAUGUUCAGAGAUUUAUGAUGGCCUCAAUCGAACCCUUGUGGGGGCCUGUAGGCCAUAAUAGCGUCCCAGAUAUAUUUCGGUCGCCUGAAUCUAACAGCCUGAAGUUGAAAACUCUUAAAAUUUUGGCAGGGACAUCACAAGAGUCCAAGAAAAAGGGAAAUGGUAAUUCCCCGGGAACUGCGAAGAAUCACAAGUCAAGCAACAAGGGCUCAAGUAAAAAUAAUGGCAAAGCCACAACUUGUGAUCCCAGUCGCCCCAACUGUUCAACUGGGUACAAUAUAGACAUUCACUCUCCCUUUUUUGAUAAAAGCUAUAGUAACCUGAGCACUUUAGGCAAUAAUGGACCUACCCAUAAAAAGCUGUACCGUCAUAAAUCAAGUUCUAAAUCACUGAGGGAUGAGAACUGUAAAGUAAAGCGAACAGACCGUGAACAGACCCAUAAGGACCCAUCUGUGACAGCUUCUUUUGAAAAACUGAGGUAAUGCUGCACCAAACUGGCUGGAAUGCACCCUUAACUUUCCUACUACCUGCUAAGCCCGCUGUUCCUCAUUUUUUCCUUCCUGAAAGCAAGAGUUGCAUGAAAGAGACAUUCCCCUUUUACAGUUUUUUUUAAGUGCAUGAAAAUACUUAUUACUUGCAAGCUACCUAAAAGAAUGACCCAUUUUCUGGCUUGGCUGGGGUUAAAAAACUAACAAGGCUACUCUUUUCUGCUGUUUGGCUUCUUCAGUUUUUAAUUACUUAUUUAUUGAAAAAAAACAAAACAAUUACGUGCUCUUUUUAAUGAUUUUGAAAAGGAAAGACUUUUUUUUUUGAACAUUUUGUAUAAAAGAAAACACAAAAAAGAGGUUAUGCAUCCAAAAGCCAAGAUAUCUAACUAAAGGCUCUUUAGUUUGAAAAUGAAAACUCAUUCAUAAUUGAGCUUCAUGUGGCAAUUCUGAGUGCUUUCUAGCCCCCUCUGCUGUUUAUAUCAUAACCUAUAUCAUAAAGCGUCAUCUGCUGUAUCAGAGUUUAGAGCAUAUGAUCCUAUCGUGGUGGCUCCACACAAGCUAACUAAGAUGGCAUAAAAUGUUUGAUUUUUCUGCAGGGAAUCAGACUACAUUCUUCUUAAAGCAGAAACAACAUCUUUGGUUUUACCUGUGUUUGAAGAAGAGACUCCUUUUUCUAGAAAGACGUUUGAUGUUUGGUUUUUUUUUGGUUUUUGUUUGUUUCUUUCAAAAUAUGCCUUGUGGUAUGUUGAAAUGUAAGUGCUGAAAUGAAGAGUUUGAAAUUGUGGGAAUUUAUUCUUUGAAAGCAAACCUAAUCUGGUAUUCUCCGUGAAAGACUUUUAAAAGUCAUACUGUUGUACAGUAGUUUAUGCACUAUUACCCACAACAACAACAAAAAUUGUGCCAAACUAUGAACAAGUGACUGUAUUGUACAUAUUUUUACUUCUCUAUCAACAUUGGGUUGUGAGUGUUUUCUGGAACUAUGCCUUUUGAUUUACUAUAAACAUUCCAGUGAUUAUGUAUUAACCACCCCCCUUUGAAAGCACCUGUAACUCACAGUGAAAAUGAUGUUGUUCACUUAUACAACUUACCAAAAGUUUUAUGGACAUAACUAAAAGUGUGCCAAAUUUACUUACCUCAUUUCAUGGAUUUGCCCUGUGGUUUAAAGCUCACCAAAAAAAAAAAAAAGAACUUUAAAACUGAAGCUGGGAAAUUUUAAUGUCCUUUCUUUAGAAACACGAGCAAAAAAACCAUAAUGAUGAAAUUUUGGGUUUCAUUAUAGGAGAAAGUUGAAAUGUUGGAGGAAUUCAGAAAAUCACUCAAGGUAAGUUUGACAGGGACUCAAAUGUCUGCAUUUAGAGACUACAGAACAGCUGCUUUUCAAGUGUCUGUUUUCUUAAAGCAAAACCUGUAGCUGAAGAUCAUUUAAAGUGCAAAGUUAUAUUGCUGAUACUUUGUAUCUCAGUUUUAUAUAUUUUAUAAUAACCUGGGAUAAAUUCUAAAAUAGUUAUAAAAUUAGAACUACUACAUUUCAUACAUUUAUUGCUAUUUACUUUUCUUUGAGAAGUUUCUUAAACAUUUUUAUGCUGAUCCUGUCAGAAGUGCUCUCAUAUCACAGCUUUGGUGUUUUCUAAGGGUUUAACUUUGCAAUGCCAAUAUUGUUUGAAAACUUUAAAAUGAAAACAAUUUUCAAUGCAACCAUUUUUUUCUUUGACUCGGUACAUAAUAAAAGAGAAAACAGAAAUAUUUGUGAUCUCACCAAAUCGAGGCCAGAUCAUACAUGACUGGACUAUAUGAAGACAGUGAUAAGUAUUGAAUGCUAAAAGUAUUUUCAGAAGGCCUUAUUUGUAGCCCACCAUGCCCUCACCUCGAGAAAACAAAAACAAAACAAAAAUUCACUUAUUUUCCUUGUGCAACUAAGAGCCUGUGCAUUUUGCUGCUGAUUUAUUAUGAAACCUUGAUAUGCAAGAGACCUGCUAACUGGGGAGCUAAUGAAAGCAGAGGAAAGUAAGGUCACAUAUUUAUGCAAUAGAAAAUUAUGGGUACAAGGAGAGGGGCCUUAGUAGCAAUCUAAUAGGAGAUCACUUCCUCAACCUAUUCAUGAGUAUUGAGGUGGCAUUUCAAAGUAGAUAGGGAUAGACUUUGUGUUUGCAGUACAUGGAAGUGUUUUUGAUAUAGUCAGGUUUUUUUCUGUAAUAUUAAUGGCAGAGUUGGAGGUGGCUAUACAUUUUUAUAUUAAAUUAUUCCCCACUUUAUUAGUAUUGAGACUUAGAGAUGGGACUGAGUUGCAAACUACUGACCUGGAUCCAAAAUCUCUUAGCAUUUGGGGUUGUUCAGAUCCUGGGGUUUUAGUUUAGCCUCAUCUCUUUAAUAACAUUAUUUUACUUAACAACUAAUCUGCUUUGUAAUUACUCUGAAAGUAUCAUAUUGGUUGAUUCGUCCUGAAAAAUAACAUUAUAGCUCUGCCUGGAGUGAGUGACUCUGGAUCAGAUUAUGGUAGCUCUGCAAUCUCAUAGUAACUGUUGAUUUAUGGGACCCAAGCUAGAGUGCAGCAUCCCACAGAAAAUCCAGCAAGUUGGGAGUGAGGUCUAAGGGACCCCAGAACUGCUAAAGCAAAAGCUCUCUACAGGGAUAGCUCUGCUGGCCCCCACCCUUAGGUGCAUGGCUUUGCUUAAGCCAUGUUUCCAUUGCUUGGCUCCCCUUGUGGCUACAUAGUAGCAACCUGGAAGGGAACUCAGAGCCCUGUUAAACAGUGUUAAUUCCUACUUGGAUGUCUACUGUGGCAGAGAAUAGAGUCACAGGGCACAGCCAGCCCCCUGCCCUUCUCCAUAUCCAUGGGGCCCCGGAGCUGUGUGGGAAGAGACAGCACCCUUUCUCUCAAUCAGUGCCACAGCUGGAGACAUUCACAUACAAAGGGUCCCGUCCACAUCUGGAUCCCGAAGAGACAGUCCAGGCCUAUGUAAUUACAAAGUCACUGUUGUAUUUUGUAUUUAUGUGGUAAUCAGAGAUUAACUGCUCUAUAAAAUAAAAGGGUUGCUAACUAAGAUUUUCUAGAGCUGUUUCCCAUUCUGCACAUGGUGGGUGGGAGGGGUAGGAACCUGCAAUCACUGCUAUUUUGGAUGUUUAGGCUGCUGCUCCUAUGGAGCAGGGUCAGACCCAGGUCUAGGAAACAGCAGUUCCCUGCCCAUUUACUCAGACCUGUCAUUUGAAAGCACAUUUCUGUUGGUCUUCAUUGUGUUGUGUGUGUUUAACAUGUGACUCAUAAUAAGAUACACUGUACUGAAACAUACAGCAAUAUUUAUGGGAUUUGAGAAAUGUGCAAUAGGACAAUAAUACAGUACAUAAAACAUAUCAAUUAUUGUAUUGUAUCUUGCAAACUCCAUUAAUACUCAGUUACCUUACAUUUCAGUACAAUAUUAAUUGCAGAUUCCAUCUCCCUUGACUCACUCUCUCAGCCUUCUGUCUCCCAUCUCUCUGGCCUCCUUGACUCUGUCAUCCUUAGACUGUGCCAUCAUUCCUUGCCACUGAAUGCCUGAAAAACAAAAGUCCUUGGGGUAAAACACUGACCCUGCUCCACCUGUGACUCUACUAUCCCUCUGCUAACUCACCCCUUCACUUGGCUUCCAAAGCCAGAAAUCUUGGAAUUCUCCCUGAACCAAAUUUUUGUCCUCUACCCUUGUUUACCUUUUCUGUGCACCUGCCUAAAGCUACCUCGAGAACAUUUUCAUAAUCUCUUUAUCUUAUUCCUUGUCAAAAAGCUCAUUCCUGCCUUCACCACUUAUUAUUCUAUUAUCCUGAUUAGCGCACUUCCCUCUUGCAUACUCCUACACUCAAAAAUUCUGGAAGGUCCAAAAUAUUGCAGCUAGAGUCCCCUCUCCAGGAUCCUGUCACUAACUGGCCUCUUGCCAUUUUUAAAUCUCCCUUUAAAGGAAUCUCCAAGGAUUCACUCCACCCUUCCCUCUCCUUAUAUUCCCUCCCAUCUCCACUUUGCAUCAUUUUAGUCUGCCUCCUCAGGAUCCUCUACAGUUCCACGAUUUUAUUUGUUUUGGCUCAUCAAUGUCGGAUGUUCACUACAAGCCACUAAGCCAUUCCCUUUUACAGCUUGCCGUGAAGUCCCUGUUUUCAGUGUAUCUUGUUUGACUCUUACUAUCAAUGCGUUUUAUGAUCCUUUGUAUAAAGGAUGCUAUGUAAAUUAUAUAGUAUCCUUGUUCUCUUACGAUGCGCUGUACUGCAACUCUGGCAGAUUUCAGUUUUGGUGAGUUAUAAUCAUGAGAUAAAUUAGAAUACAUAAAGGGACAAACAACCCAAUUUAAAAGGACCCAUUCCCAUUAUUAGCCUGGCUUAGAUUGGCAUAAACUGGGUCAGUUUAAUGUGGCCCAAUUUCAUUUGCUCUCAUUCCAAUUCCAAGAAUUGAAGUGAGAAAAAUCCCUGUGCUGGACAGAGUCAAGGUGAGGAGAAUGCUGCAUUUGCUUGCUAAUCCUGGUUCUAGCAGGACUGGUGCCUCCUGCAUUUAUAGGGAAAUUCUCCAUUUUCUUUUUGUAAAGACACUAUGAGGAAUAUUUCUUUUCAAAAUAAAUGCCCAUGACAACCUGAUUUUAAAUUACAACCCCCAAUGUCCCUAGUUUUGUUAGCGGUACUUGCAUAUAGAGGUUUUGUAAAGACAAAAAGAUUAAUAAUGGGGAACUUGAGCAAUCAUAAAGCAUAAAAUUAUGUAUUCUCCCCCACUUGCGCCCCCUCUCCCUUUUUAGCAUAGUGUUUCUUGAAUAAGGAACCAAAAUCUUGAAUUAGAACCCCGAUUCAGCAACAGACUUAACCAUGUGAAUAGUUCAGUUACAGCCAAUUGGGCCUACUCCUGUGCUUAAACUUUGGCAUGUGCUUUUAUAUCUUGCUUAAUCAAGGCCUAAACAGAGAGGGGAAAAAUUGUGUUGGGAUCAGGUGGAUGAUGCUUGCUUUGUGAAACAAUUGCCAUGGGCGUAACUUUUUUGUUUAAAAAGUCAUGUUUACUGCUAUUUUCUGGCAUUAUAGCUCAAUCUACCAUUAAUCAAAAUAAAGACAUUUUCAGCAGUUUCAGCACUGGCACCCAUUGGAUUAGAGUCGUCUUUCACUUAGGCCCCAGUCUAGUGAAGCACUUAAGCACGUGCUUAACUUUAAGUACUUGACCAAACAUGACAGGUCCCAUGAGUCUAGUCACAUGCUUAAAGCAUUCUUAUCUGAUUUGCUGGAUCAAAGCCUUACAGUGGUGUAAGUCAGAAACUCCAUUGAAGUCGGUGUAAAUGAGAAGAGAACCAGGUCCAUAGACUUCAGUUGGUGCAGGAUCAGGCCCUUGGGCUGUACUUUCUCAACUCAGUGCACUGGACUUUUCCUGUGCAGCUUCCAGAAAGUCUAGUGGAAGUUGCAUGGCUCAAGCCACUGACAUCUUAUUUGAGAAUGUGCCUCCUUAUCUUUCAGUGUGUAAAAUAAUGCAAAAAAUAAAUAACGUACAAUGUCUGUGGUAGAAGCAAGGCUUUUAAAAUCUGUUUCUCAGGUAAACAAGUGACACUAAUGACAAUGGAGUAACAGCCAUCUAAGAGAAUUUGGAUCUAUAAAAAGGAGGGUGCCCUCAAUCUCACAGAAUAGUUGGGUUGCUAGACACGUUUGCUGAGCCUUUGAAGACUUGGUGAAAAAAGGAAACAAGAAAUAAAAUUUGUAUUCACUGCUGCCCUUCGAUAGAAAAAUGUACAUUUCAAAAGCACAAAGGGAAGAUUUUUUAAAAAUAAAGUAAAAAAAAGAAAGAUACCAGUUAAAUUCCUUUUGUCUUUUACUCCCAGUGGGAAGCAGGGUAGAAAUCUAAGGAGAUGCUCUGUUUCACUGCCUGCAGCACUGGCUGUAGACAUUUUGACUGCUGCCUACAGAGAUUUGAAUGUACUGCUCCUUAAGUUAACUUCCAUAGAACUGGAGGCACCUCUUUAGUAAGUUGCUACUGUUUUAUGGUGCUAAAAUAACUUUUAUCCCCCUUGAGCAUUUCAGAAAUAGUAAAUGGCCCUUUUUAUGAAUGUAACGUAUCCAUUUCUGUUUAACAUUUUACACGACAGUUUUAACAUGUUUGGAAAUUAUUUGCCUUUUUUCUUUUAGAAUAAGCUUUAUAAAUAUUCUGUAGAGUCAAUUGAAGUAUAAUUCUUAAGGAUCACUCUAAGACGCCUACAAAAUCUUGUAUAUUUUUAAGUGUGCCAAUUUGUAAAAUAUUUUGUAAGUGUAUAUUUUUCUUAGAAAAGUGCUGUGAAGUGUUUGUAUGUGUGAGGUUUCCUUUUUUUUGCACCUCCGGGUGUUAAUAAAAGGAUGUAUACUUAAAAGUUUCUGGUUUUAAAAACCAAAAUACAAAGAAAAAAAUUAAACUUUUGUUGGGAAUUUUGUAAUAAAAAGAAAUGUUGUGAAAGAGUGUAGUGAUAUUGUGUAAAGGAAACUGGAAAUUUGUGAGCGCUUUGCUGUUUUAUAGAUCCUCUUGUAAAUUAUUCUUGUAAUAUUUUUGGUUUUGUUGUUCUUGUUGCAAAGGUUUUAAAUAUUUGUGACUGACUCUGUAUGGUGAAAACGUCAUAUUGUUAACUUGCUGAGUUUUGUUAUAUUGUUUAUGGAACAAAUAAAAAAAUUAAAAAUCUCAUUUUAAGAUCA